UGGAUACUAGUAAACAUUUGGUGGGUGUAGACUUGUAAACUCCCUACCCCUCUAAUUUAUAACCUAAUUCACCUUCGUGUUGGACCAGAGGCGAUCGAAGACUUACCCGGAGUUCGGUUUUCGCACAAGUACGAUACGUCUCUGGUAUUUCCGUCUACUAUGGCCUCACCGUCCGAUCCCUCCAGCCAGCAGGCUGCUUUAAGGAAACAAAACAGAGGAGCCCCCAUCAAGUUUCUGAUUCCACUUAUAUAUGCCCCUGUUCUUCCCCUCAUUCGAAUUCAACUGCGACAUAAACCAGUUUUGAGGGAUCGUUUGUUCACGGCCGUGUUGGCAGGAGCACUUGCUCAUGGGAUUUACUUGAUAACAGAUCUUUAUGAUAGUGAGAGCAAAUGAACCUGCCGGGCAUGGAUUAAAAUGUCUAUUUUUCUUGCAACUCUUCUACAGCAUUUGCCAGUUUUCAGAACUUGAUACUGAGGUUCGACAUGAAUUGUUACUGAAAUGUUUUGGUGCCGUCCUUUUAUGCAAACAGGCAUAUAUGUUUGGGAAACGGAUUAUCGUGUCCUUUUAUUUUAAUUUUAAAUAACUGUCCAAUAAGGAAGCUGUUUAUGUUUGAGUUGUAAAGCUUUGUUUUAGGACAUUUUUAAUAUGCUUAAAAUUCUUGAUGAAGGGGUUUCUGAGGCUGGGAAACUCUUGGC